CCCGUCGUCGCCCACCCGAGAUGUCGACCGGCGAUAAGAACGGAGGCAGCCGCGCCAGCAGCAGCCGCCUGCAGAGCAAGAAGCCCCCCAACCUCUCCAUCGUCAUCCCGCCCCGGGAGGCAGAGGAGGACGGCAGCCGCAAGGAGCCCUCAAAGGUCCCCAUCUACCGAAAGAGCAAGAGCCUGCAGGAAGCCAGGCCAAAGAGAGAUGACAGCUCCUCGGAGAAACGUCCCGGCUUCCGACGGCAGACCUCCCUGUCCCAGAGCAUCCGCAAGGGCACCGCGCAGUGGUUCGGCGUCAGCGGCGACUGGGAAGGGAAGCGGCAGCAGUGGCAGCGCAAGAGCCUGCAGCACUGCAGCAUGAGGUACGGCAAGCUCAAGGCUGCCUACCGCGACAUGGAGCUGCCCAGCCAGGAGGUGCCCUCCUUCCAGGGCACUGAGUCGCCAAAGCCAGCCAAGAUGCCCAAGAUCGUGGAUCCGCUGGCCAGGGGCCGUGCCUUCCGACACCCCGAUGAGAACGAUCGUCCCCACACGCCCCACCACGUCCUGCCACCCCUGACUCCCGGCGUCGCCUCCUUGGCCUCCUUGAACAGCGCCCGGUCCGGCUACAGCCGCCUGCCCCGCCGCAAGCGGGAGUCCGUCGCGCACAUGAGCUACAAGGCGGCCGCCGCGCUKCUCCGCGGCCGCUCUGUGCUGGAGCCGCUGGCUCCGAAGCAGAAGAGCAACAAGAGGAGCUUUGUGUACCCCAGCUUCCUGGACGAGGACGUGGUGGACGCUGCCGAUACCCUGGACUCGUCCUUCUUCAGUAAGAUGGACGUUCAUGAUGAGACGUACUCCAUGCCCGAUGAUGUCUUUGAGUCGCCACCUCUCUCAGCCACGUAUCUGCGCAUGCACCCGGUGGGGGAGGACGUUAGAGUGUCCCCAGAAGUGGAGCAGCCAGCUCUAAGGGAAGGUGUCCAGCUGAGCACGGCCUCCGAGGGCCCCGGGCCCAGGAGGGGCAGGCGCAUCGCGUCCAAAGUGAAACACUUCGCCUUCGACCGCAAGAAGCGCUACUACGGGCUGGGGGUGGUGGGGAAGUGGCUGAACAGGACGUACCGCCGGAGUCUGAGCAGCAUUGUGCAGUCCCAGCUGGAGAACACCGACAGCCACCGACCGUAUUUCACCUACUGGAUCACCUUUGUCCACAUCCUCAUCACCUUGCUGGUCAUCGGCACAUACGGCAUCGCCCCCAUCGGCUUCACCCAGCACGUGACAACACAGUUAGUGCUGAGGAACAAAGGUGUCUACGAAAGCGUCAAGUACAUCCAGCAGGAAAACUUCUGGAUUGGGCCCAGCUCGAUCGACCUGAUCCACCUGGGGGCCAAGUUCUCCCCCUGYAUCCGGAAGGACCGGCAGGUGGAGCGGCUCAUUCAGCGCGAGAGGGACCGGGAGCGCGACUCCGGCUGCUGCGUCCAGAACGACAACUCGGGCUGCAUCCAGACGCUGCCGCGGGACUGCUCGGAGACGCUGGCCACAUUCAUCAAGUGGCCGGGUACUAAUGCACCCGUGAUGGACUCCGGCAAGAAGCGGACGUCGGGGGCCGUGUGCCAUCAGGACCCCAGGACGUGUGAGGAGCCGGCAUCAAACCCACCCCACGUGUGGCCAGACGAUAUCACCAAGUGGCCGAUUUGCACCUACGAAACCAAGACCAACCACACGGGCUUUGCACAUAUGGACUGCCAGAUCAAGGGCAGGCCCUGCUGCAUCGGCACCAAGGGCAGCUGCGAGAUCACCACGCGGGAGUACUGCGAGUUCAUGCACGGCUACUUCCACGAGGAGGCGACGCUCUGCUCGCAGGUGCACUGCCUGGAUGAAGUCUGCGGCCUCCUGCCCUUCCUCAACCCGGAGGUCCCCGACCAGUUCUACCGCCUCUGGCUGUCACUGUUCCUGCACGCAGGGGUUAUCCACUGCUUGGUGUCGGUGACCUUCCAGAUGACGGUGCUGCGGGACCUGGAGAAGCUGGCAGGCUGGCACCGCAUCUCCAUCAUUUUCAUCCUCAGCGGCAUCACGGGCAACCUGGCCAGCGCCAUCUUCCUGCCCUACCGAGCAGAGGUGGGCCCGGCUGGCUCACAGUUCGGCUUGCUGGCAUGCCUCUUUGUCGAGCUCUUCCAGAGCUGGCAGGUCCUGGAGAAGCCGUGGAAAGCCUUCUUCAACCUCUUUGGGAUCGUCCUCUUCCUCUUCGUGUGCGGCCUCCUGCCGUGGAUCGACAACAUCGCCCACCUCUUUGGCUUCCUCAGCGGCCUCCUGCUCUCCUUCGCCUUCCUGCCCUACAUCACCUUCGGCACCGUGGACAAGUACCGCAAAAGGGCCAUGAUCAUCGUGUCGCUGCUGGUCUUCGUGGGGCUUUUCGCCUCGCUCGUGAUAUGGCUGUACGUCUACCCGGUGAACUGGCGCUGGAUCGAGUAUCUCACCUGCCUGCCCUUCACCAGCAAGUUCUGCGAGAAGUACGAGCUGGAGCAGGUCCUGCACUGAGCCUGGGCGCACGA